CAUAUAUUGGAAACAUCAGGUCAGGGCAGAUUGAUGGUUCUCUCUCUCUCUCUCUCUCUCUCUCUCUCUCUUUAACUCUGGUGGCUAUAUCGAUUUUCAUCAUUAACUUUGAGCCCGUCGAGCAGAUAUCUGUCCAUCACGCAGGAUCAUUUAUGGUUCAUUCGUGACGUGUUGGAUUCUUUUAUGUUCACACUGGAUUCAUUUUAAUCUUCUUGCACUUGUUGCUGUUUUCUAUCUAAUGGAGGAGAAAAAACAAGAACUGAAAGAUUCUCCGUUUUCUAUCAAUAAUCUGCUGAACGCUCCUGACAAACCCAAACCCGUCCGGAGCGCGCACAUGCAUCUCUCCAGAGGUCCCGAGAUCAGUUUCGUGAGGUUCGGCUCCUGGUGUCGCGCGCCUGCACACCCGAGCACACCCUCAGAUCGGACGAGUCGAUACUCGACAGAAGCGCUGAGAUCAGACCCGGAUGAUCCGGAUCCUAAAGAAGAUGAGGAUGAGGAGGAGAGAGAAAACAUCUCAGAGAAGAAAGUCUGUCGAAAGAAAAAGACCAGGACCGUGUUCUCGCGCUCUCAGGUGUUUCAGCUCGAGUCCACGUUCGACUUGAAACGGUACCUGAGCAGCUCUGAACGGGCCGGGCUCGCCGCGUCGCUCCACCUCACCGAGACUCAGGUGAAAAUCUGGUUUCAGAACCGGCGGAAUAAGUGGAAGAGACAGAUCGCCGCGGAGCUGGAGGCCGCGAACCUCAGUCACGCGCAGAGAAUCGUGCGCGUGCCCAUCCUGUAUCACGAGCACUCGGAGACCCCUCGAGCAGCGGGUCUCGCGCUCACGCACGCACUGUAUUACCCGCAUCCCUUGAUCAGACCGGUCUGAUGAUGUUCUGUUACCCGUCGCUGUGAAUCAUGAAAGAUGACAGAAACUCGCCCGUGAACCCAAAGACAUGGAGCUUCUGCUGCACGUGCAGGACUGUCUCACCCCUGAUGUGUGUGCAGUGUUUCAUUCUCUUUAUUAGUUCUGCUGCCCGUGUGCACUAUACAUGUUCCUAUUUUGUCAUAAAGAGUGAGUUGUUGUUGUCUCAGUAAAAGUAAAUAAAUAUUCUCGUUGUUGUUCUGUGGUUUCAUCUGUUCUAUUUUAAACGAAUGUUUUUAAUACUGUGAGAAUUGUAGUGUUCGUAUAUAAAGUAUUUGCGUUUUUGUCUUGAACUGAAUGU